AGGAGGAGGAGGAGGGAAGCGAGGGGGCCGCUGCUGCCGCCGCUCCAGCUGGCUGCCCGGAGUCUCUCCUGCUGCGCCCCUGCGCCUCCAUUCCCCCCUUCAUUCGACCUCCCCUCUGGAGCCCGAAUUCUCCAGGGAUCCAUAAAAUAGCCGGACGAAGUCCUUCCCGCCUCCUGCUGUCCCUUCCCCGAAGAACAGUGUUUGUGUGAUUCCUCAAGGCGUUCAAAAUUCAGGUCUUCCACAGAACAAGAGGGAAGGCAUACAAGUUAAUGUUUUCAUCCACCCGGACAAAGGAGAAUGGGGAUCCUACACCCAAAAGAAUGAAGACUCGACAGAAUAAAGACUCUAUGUCAAUGCGGAGUGGUCGGAAGAAGGAGACUCCGGGGCCCCGAGAGGAGCUCAGGACAAGGGGCCGGGCCUCUCCGGGUGGCGUCAGCACCUCCAGCAGUGAUGGCAAAGCAGAGAAAUCCCGACAAACCACCAAGAAGGGCCGCGUGGAGGAAUCCAUGGCCCCCAAAGGAAACAAGCAGGGCCGGCCGGAGGAAAUUUCAGAGAGCGAAGGAGAAGAUGCCAAUGCCCCAAAGAAAACUAAAACAGAGGAGCUGCCGCGGCCUCAGUCUCCAUCCGACGUCGACAGCCUAGAUGGCCACAGCUUCAAUGACGAGACAAGCAGCGACCCUCGCGACAUCGACCAGGAUAACCGGAGCACUUCCCCCAGCGUCUACAGCCCCGGCAGCGUGGAAAACGAUUCGGAUUCCUCCUCUGUGCUGUCCCAGGGACCAUCCCGCUCUUACCAUCACCCCCCCCUCUUUCCCCAGAGCCCCUCGCCAGCCCCCCUGACGGAGGGCCUAGCUCGUCCACCGGAACCAAACUUCAGCUUAACAGGGGAAGUUCAUCCUCAGGGCUCCUCGGGCGGCUAUCCGUCCCAACUCGAAGCUCAGGCCUCGAGGAUUUUCCAGGCCCAGGCGGCGCCCGCUGCUGUUACCUCCACCAACUCUUCCUCUUCUCCUUCUUCCUCCUCCUCCUCCUCCUCCUCCAGCACCCAUGUUCCUCUUUAUCCAAGUGCUAAUGUGGUCCAGAUGGGGCCCAAAGCCCAAAGCGCAGGAGCGGGCAUUCUGGCCCCAGGCGGGCGGGAGCCAUCCCUCAGUUCCAAGCACAACCCACCCCCGACGACACCUAUUUCCCUCGCCUCCGUGGCAGGAGGUGGCCCCCCUCAGAAGACACCCCCAAAUAACCCCGCCUCUGCGCCUCCUUCUUCUGCUGCCGCUUUUCCUCACGUCUUAGCUAACUUGCCGCCCCCGCCCGCCCUGCGCCCUCUGAACAACAUGGCCGCCACCUCCAGCUCCCCGGGGAUGGUGGGGCAAGCGUUGAGCGGCCACCUUCCAUCGCCCCAUGGCAUGGGACAGGAUAAGUCUCCUGCCCCUUCGCGCUACCCCUAUGCUCCCCCUCCACCGCCCCCGCCUAACUCUUCCUCCCAGUAUCCCCUCCCUCCGCCGUCCCAGGCCCUGCCGAGCUACAGCUCCUCGUAUGGCCAUUCGUUCCCCCCGCCCAGCAGCCUCUCUGUUUCCAGCCAACCACCCAAAUACACCCAGCCCUCCAUGCCCUCGCAGCCUGUGUGGAGUCAAGGCCCGCCACCGUACAGCCGCCCUCUGGGGAACACUGUCUCCCACCCCCCGUCCUCCUUCCCUGGCCAGGCUGCACAUCACCAGCAACAGCAGCCGCACCAUCACAACCACAGCAGUGGCGCGGGGCUGUCUCCCGCAGCAGCCACCCCCUCACAGGCAUCUGUGGGAUACCCCCAUCCACUGGAGCCUGGCCCGCAUCACCCCUCCCAUGCCGCCUACGGGCUGCGUCUCUACCCACCCCACAACCACGCCACAUACAGCCAGGCCCCCUCUGCAUCUUCUUCCUCCUCCUCUUCCUCUUCUUCCUCUUCCUCCUCUUCCUCCUCCUCCUCCUCUUCCUCCCAGGGGACGUACCCCGGAGUCUGCAGCCACCCCCAAGGGCAGAACGCCGCCACCUAUGCCUUCCCUUCACCUCCUCCCCCUUCACCCGCACACGGGGCUGGGCCCCCAGUCACCUCUGCAUCGGUCACCCUCUCCACCGUCAUAACCACCAUGGCCUCCUCCUCGGCAGCCCCCUACAAGGCAGUGUCGCCUCCGGUUGGGCCCCCUCCCGUGGCCCCCUACGGGAAGCGAACAGCUUCGCCGUCUCCCACCUUCCAGCCCCCUGCACCCUACAAGCCAGGCUCUCCUCCCGCAUCCUCCGCUUCUUCGUUCCGUGCGGCUACUCCGCCAGGAUACAGGCUAGCUUCUUCCCCCGCAGCCGGCGGCUACAAGGCCGCCUCACCAGCCCCUAUUGCCCCUCCGGCCCCGGCCAGCUUGCCCGCCCCACCCCCGCCUUUGCCCCCCUUGCCUCUCAGUGCUGCACAGAUCAAGCAGGAGCCUUCAGAGGACUAUGAGCCCCCAGAGAGCCCGAUGCCCCCCAUCCGGAGUCCUUCGCCAGCGCCCAAAGUGGUGGACGUACCAAGUCAUGCCAGCCAGUCAGCCAGGUUCAACAAACACCUGGAUCGCGGCUUCAACUCCUGCUCACGGACAGAUCUCUACUUUGUGCCCUUGGAUGGCUCGAAGCUGGCCAAGAAGCGGGCAGACUUGGUGGAGAAGGUGCGCCGGGAGGCCGAGCAGAAGGCCCGGGAAGAGAAGGAGCGAGAGAGAGAGCGGGAACGGGAGAAGGAGCGGGAGAGGGAGAAGGAAAGAGAGCUGGAAAGGAGCGUGAAAGUGGCCCAAGAGGGCCGGCCAGUGGAAUGCCCGUCUCUUGGUCCCAUCGCUCACCGCCCAUCGUUCGAACAGGGCAGCGCCGUAGCGACCGUCCCGCCCUACCUGGGCCCCGACACCCCGGCCCUCCGCACCCUCAGCGAGUACGCGCGGCCCCACGUCAUGUCUCCGAGCAACCGCAACCACCCCUUCUACGUGCCGCUGGGGGCGGUUGACCCGGGACUGCUGGGCUACAACGUACCAGCCAUCUACAGCAGCGACCCGGCCACGCGGGAGAGAGAGCUGCGAGAGCGGGAGGCCCGCGAGCGAGACCUCAGGGACCGCGACCUGCGCGAGCGCCUUAAGCCCGGCUUCGAAGUCAAGCCGGCCGAGUUGGAGCAGCUCCACGCCGUGCCCAGCGCCGCCAUGGAUCCCUUCCCGCGACACGGGGGGCUGGCUCUGCAGGCGGGCCCCGGCCUUCACCCCGCUUUCCCCUUCCACCCAGGGCUGGGCCACCUGGAGCGGGAGCGACUGGCGCUGGCGGCCGGGCCGGCCCUGCGCCCCGACAUGUCUUACGCCGAGCGGUUGGCCGCCGAGAGGCAGCACGCCGAGAGAGUGGCCGCCCUGAGCAACGACCCCCUGGCUCGGCUGCAGAUGCUCAAUGUGACCCCCCACCAUCACCAGCACUCCCACAUCCACUCCCACCUUCACCUUCACCAGCAGGACGCCAUCCACGCAGCUUCCGCCUCUGUCCACCCUCUUAUUGAUCCACUGGCCUCUGGGUCACAUCUCACCCGGAUCCCCUACCCUGCUGGUACCAUCCCGAACCCGCUCCUCCCACACCCACUCCAUGAAAAUGAAGUCCUGCGCCACCAGCUUUUCGCUGCCCCCUACAGAGACCUGCCCGGCUCUCUCUCUGCUCCAAUGUCUGCAGCGCAUCAGCUCCAAGCCAUGCACGCACAGUCAGCAGAGCUGCAGCGCCUGGCCCUGGAACAGCAGCAGUGGCUGCACGCCCAUCACCCUCUGCAUGGAGUGCCACUCCCCACGCAGGAGGAUUACUACAGCCACCUGAAAAAAGAAAGCGACAAGCCCCUUUAAGUGGACCCCUUUUUCCCCUGCUGUGACUUCAUUGUGCUGCCUCCUUCUUCAAAAGGAAGAGAAAGAAAGAAAGGAGGAGGAGGAAAAUUGACCAACGUUAACCCUGGGCCAGGGGGAAAGCCGCACAAGACCUCACAUUUUCUGCUCUUGUUUGAGGACGGAAGACAAGACAGAAGAAGCGUGAAGAAAUGCCCCGAACUGUCACUCUGGGAGGGGGGGGAGGGUGGUGAGAGGGGAGGGACAUCAGGGUGUUAAACACCCCCAAAGGAUUUUGGGACAAACGGUUCAACUUUCACUUCUAUCCCAUCGGCAAAAGCGUAAUCCAUCCGGCAGGCCUCCUCUGCCCUUUCCCCCCCUCCCCUUCCUUGGGCGGAUGCUGCCAGUCAAAGCAUGAUGGGACUGGAAAUAAUGCCCCCCUCCCUUUCCGCCUUGACACACACACUAUAGCCCGGAAGAACCAAUGCAUCGUGGGACUUCUCAAGAUGGCAUUGGCGCGCUCUUGCUUAACCCUUGAAGGACUGGGCCCUGUCGAGAGGCGCAUAGCGCCCCAGGACUGUUUCGAGCGGGGCGAGCUGCCUUUGUAGCCAUGCUGUGAGUGGACAUUGUGGGGGGGCGGAGAGCCGCAAGGCGGUCACCGGGAUAGCAACUCUUCUUUCCUUUGCCGUUGUGGUGGGGAGGGGAAUAACAUGGCCGAGCGACACAAAAGCAUGGCGGGACUGUUUCCAAGAUGGCGGCUGCCCCUUCUUCCCCACCCCCUUCACCCAUUCCAGUCGAUGUAUUUUAACUCAUGCACAUCCCGUUAGAUGUGGCGGUUUUGCGUAGCAAUUUGUGAUUCCUUGAUCUCCCUCGCGUGUGUGUCUGAUCUCACGGUUGUAUAUCUUGAUCUGUCCUCAUAUAUAUUUACAUAAGAACAUUAAAAGAUUCCCAACUACGGGA